UAUUUUGGCCAAGAAGCCCGUAGAGAUUGAGGAGUGUGUUGGGUAAGGUUUUAGCAUUUCAUUUGACAGAGUCUUAUCUGUUGUCUCACACUCUCAAAUGGCUGUUUCGGCAAUCACAGGAGCUAGGCUAACCCUAGGAAAUGUCCAUCCCCUUUCCUCUCUCACCCCUUCACGCUCACGACCUUCUCUUUCCGUCACAAUGGCCGUAUCCACCGACAACAAACUCACUCUUACCAAGUCCGAGGAAGCUUUCGCUGCUGCCAAGGAGCUGCUGCCUGGAGGUGUGAAUUCCCCAGUUCGUGCUUUCAAAUCCGUUGGUGGUCAACCAAUUGUGAUUGAUUCGGUGAAAGGGUCUCGAAUGUGGGACAUCGAUGGCAAUGAGUACAUUGACUACGUCGGUUCUUGGGGUCCUGCAAUUAUUGGUCACGCCGAUGAUCAGGUUCUUGCAGCUCUGGGUGAAACCAUGAAAAAAGGAACUAGCUUUGGUGCACCCUGUUUGCUAGAAAACACUUUGGCUAAGCUGGUUAUUGAUGCGGUCCCGAGCAUUGAAAUGGUUCGGUUUGUCAAUUCAGGCACAGAAGCUUGCAUGGGUGCGCUCCGUUUGGCUCGUGCUUAUACCAAAAGGGAGAAGAUCAUCAAGUUUGAGGGGUGUUACCAUGGCCAUGCGGAUCCUUUUCUUGUUAAGGCAGGUAGUGGAGUUGCCACCUUAGGACUUCCUGAUUCCCCUGGUGUUCCCCAAGCUGCCACUUUUGAAACCCUUACAGCCCCCUACAAUGACACCUUGGCUGUUGAGAAGCUCUUUGAGACUAACCAAGGAGAGAUUGCCGCCGUUUUCCUCGAACCAGUUGUUGGAAACGCUGGUUUCAUCGUUCCUAGACCUGAAUUUCUCAAUUUCUUGCGCAAAAUCACCAAAGAGAAUGACACCCUUCUUGUGUUUGAUGAAGUUAUGACUGGAUUUCGGUUGUCAUAUGGAGGUGCACAAGAGUAUUUUGGCAUAACUCCUGACAUAACAACUCUAGGAAAGAUCAUUGGUGGAGGUCUGCCAGUGGGCGCUUAUGGAGGGAGGAGGGAUAUCAUGGAGAUGGUGGCACCGGCCGGACCAAUGUACCAGGCUGGGACUUUGAGUGGGAACCCUUUGGCCAUGACUGCAGGCAUACAGACCCUGCUGCGUAUUAAGGAGCCGGGAACUUACAAGUACUUGGACAAAAUCACAGGAGAGCUUAUUCAAGGCAUCAUUGAAGCUGGGAAAAGGGCUGGCCAUGCAAUAUGUGGUGGGCAUAUAAGUGGGAUGUUUGGAUUUUUCUUCACAGAAGGACCUGUGUAUAAUUUUGCAGAUGCCAAGAAGAGUGAUACGGCCAAGUUUGCUAGGUUCUUUUGGGGAAUGUUGGCAGAAGGAGUGUAUUUGGCACCUUCGCAGUUUGAGGCUGGCUUCACCAGCUUGGCACAUAGUUCUGAUGACAUCAAAAAGACAAUAGCUGCUGCUGAGAAGGUUUUUAGGGAGAUCUAAAUGUUAAAUCUUCUCUGUUUGCAAAUUUACUUUUUCCAUGGGUGAAUUUUGUAGGUCAACUUAGAUUAUUGUUGUGGCAGUUGCUUUCGUUAUAAUCUGUAUCAUUUUUCCAUCCUGUAUCUACCCAGUGUAUUAUCUUGAGCUGUAAGUCACUUGAAUUUGAAGCUUUUAAGCAUUCGAAUCAUUGUUUAACUCCUAAUUCAAGUGCCACGUGUUAUCUUCUUAA